UCGUAAUUUAAAAAAAACUUUUGUGUCUCGGACCCUAUGUCGCAAAAUCUUUUUGUCGUGAAUCUAAAAAAUGACAUUAACACAUUGGUAAGUACCGCGUUGUUUUGAAAAUAUAUAUAUGCAACUCUAUCAAACAAUAUCAACAAUUACAUAACUGUAAUUAAAAUAUAGUAUAUUCAGUAGAUAAUACAAUAUGGGCACGGCAGAUGAAUCUACACAGGAUCUCUUAAAAAGUUAUGGAGCUAAUGGAAGUAACCCGCUGAAAUUACAAGAUGAGUUAAGUGUAUAUUCUAUGUCGAAGGAAUCACCUAAAAGAGAUGAUUUAUCUGAUUUAUAUGAUUUAUUAGAAGAUGAUUCUAUAGAGAUAAAACGAGGCUCAAUGUCAAUAUUAGAAUCUCCAAAAUAUACUAGUAGUCCUCAAAAGCUUUCACCUACUAAGAAACUUCGAAAUGAUUAUCAGAAUUAUAUAUAUCAAAUGAGAAAUGGACAAGCAGAUGAUAGUCCAAUUAAGAAAAAGAAAUCAUUACAACAUAAUCAUAAUCAUAAUCAUAAUUCCUUUGAAAGUAGUCGUAUAUUUGGCUCUGAAAGAAGUGAAAACAGUCUUGAUAAUUUUGAAAGAGAUGUUGAUAAAUUUUUAAAUGAAGCAGAAGUAAGUAAAGCUAAAAAGGUGAGAUCAGAAUUACUUGAAUCUAAUGAUAAUGAUAAGAGUGAAUUAAUAAUUCAACAAACUCAUAAGGUUCUUAAUGAAUAUUCCAAAAAUGCAUUAGGAAGUACUGAAGAACAAAAAUUGAAAUCAACUUUGAAUCAAUUGAGUAGGACUAUUGAAACCUUAAGAAAUGAAAACAGCACUCUAAGAGAAAAGAACAUAUCACUUGAAUUAAAAUAUCAAAAUGUAGAUAAUGAUUAUGCUAAAUUACGAGAUUCAUAUUCGAAAUUGCAAGCUGAUUUAAUACAAUUGCAGAGGAAAUUUGAUCAGAAAUCUAAGUAUGAAGAUUCGACAUUGAAAAGAGACAAUGAAUUACUUGGUCAGAAACUUAAGAAGUAUAAGUCUUUAUAUAAUAAUUUGAUAGAAAAGGAUAAGAAGAUUACUAUUGAAAAGGUUCCCGUGCAGGUUCCAGAACCACCGAAAGAGAAAGAAAAGUUAAGUAUUAGUGAUUUGAAGAAACUAUUAGUUGAAGAACAAGAAGCACUGAAAAAGUCUGAAGAUUCUGAUAAGAAUGUUAAGGCUCUUGCAGAUUCCUUAUAUAAAUUCAUUUUAGAAUAUAGUAAAGAAAGAGAUGAGAAGUCGAAUUUGAAUUCGAAUUUGAAUUCGAAUUCGAACGAAAAGCAAUCUGAUUUAUGGAUUAGUGUUUCCCAGGCAUUACAAACCAAUAAUGAGAUCAUUAAGAAUCUUGCUGAAGAGAUACCGCGACCUGUGGAACAGUCACAGUCACAAACACAAACACAGUCUAAGCCUAAUCCCAUAGUAGUUAAAUGUUAUGUAUGUCAUGAAAGACAAGAUCAAUUAGUAAAUGAUGGUAAUAAAGUUAAUACCAAUAUUAAUACUAAAAGAAUAUGUCUGAGAUGUGCUAGUGUUAAUUCUCAAAUCAGUAGUGAACCUGAGAAAAAUGAUACACUUAAAAUGAUUGGAGAGUAUAAAUGGGAAAUAUAAAAUAAUAAUAUAGUGCGACAGAAAGGAAUGGUUGCGAAAGUGAAUAAUUUUAGUUUCACGAAAAGACAGUUACUAGAUUAGGUAAUGUUUAUAAAAUUUAAUUUAAUGACAAGUGCGAAAUGGAAAUGUACAUUGUAAAUUGUGAAUGUAGG